CGUCCGGUCCCUCCGGCAAACACAUGACCAGCCAGGCCUGAGAGCAGCACAGAUCCGCCGCGCUUGCCAUCAUGAUCCGGACUCGGAUUCUUUCACUCGUUGCUUUGGUUUUCUUUGCCUUCUGUUUUGUAAUAGCGGCUGGUCAGACGACGAGUCCAGAAACAAACUGCUCUGUAAGAUCCAACACAACUUGUGAAGAAUGUCUGAAGAUUGUUUCAUGCUUGUGGUGCAUCUCAAGCCAGAAAUGCAUUGACUAUCCGGUGAAAAGCAUUUUGCCCGCUCACAGUGUUUGUCCGCUCUCAGAAGCACGAUGGGGAGUGUGCUGGAUGAAUUUUCAGACUCUCAUCAUUACCAUCUCUGUGAUCGCGGGGGUCAUCAUCAUCGCCAUAUUUGUCUGCUGCUUCUGCUGCUGUAAAUGUGAAAACAUCGGGUCUAAAAGGAGUGAGGAGCGAAUGGAGAGACAAGCUCACCUGAGAAAGUUCCGCCAAGAGGAGAGGAAAGCAGAGAUGAGGCAGAGACAUGAAGAAAUGCGAUUGAAAUACGGUUUGAAAGCGGAUAACCCAUACUCUAGAUUUGAGAACAGCUAGGAAGCUUGUGACGCUCCGCUGUUGUCUUUUCUUUUACCUCGCUCCUAUUGUAAAAAUGAACAUGCACACACAGCACUCCAUUUUUCUUUGAGUUUGAAAGACGCGCUAUACUAGUUAGCAGCUGGCCACGCAAAUAUACUUUGCCUUUCGCUUGAAAUUUAAAUGUAACACCUGGAUAUUCAAUGAAUCUUCAAGCAAACCACAUUUAGAUGCAUUCAUGAAGCCUUGUAAAUAUAGUACGUUGAUGAUCCGAACAAGCUUCGACCAAGUUAAGUAAAACACACUGAUAUUUGAGACUUCAUUGGACUUUGCCUGUUUCUGGCUAAGUUGCACGGCAGUGAAAUAAUUUUUUGUUUUUAACCUCUGCAAAUUUUUAGCUGUGUAGCUUUUUACUCAAAAUAAACUAGGCAUAAAUAUAAAAAUGUGCUUUUGUAAAUUCCUACAGUUUUCAGAUUGACAGAUUGAUUUGUGUCUGCCUUCGCUAGUUAAACAAAUUACACUGAAAUUUUAAUCUGUCGCAAUUUUUUUUUCAUGUUUUGAUUAAGAGCUUAUUGUAUUUGCCAAAGGGUUGAUCGGUGCAAUUUACAGAAGUCAAAUAAACUGUGAGAGAGAUAUCAAUAAAAGUGAAUGUUGUA